CCUUCUCUUGUUUUGGAAGCAAUAUCAGUCUCGUUAUUUUUCCUAUCAUUUCCUUGAAACAUUGCCAAAAUGCCGUCUGCUAACGCGCCCACAAUGACGUCCGCGACUGCCUCCAACCGAGGCAAGCGCUCGUUCUCUGCACCAAAAGAGGUCAACCGCUCGCUGCUGGACGAGCACGACGCCAUGAACGACGCCAUUUUCGAGGCAGAACACGAUGCUUCGGCGAUGGUUUCGCAGCCUGGCCGAAACGGAACCGGUUUCUCCCUCGCUUCGUCCAUGUCACACCACGAACUCACCAUCGUAGGAAGCUCGGAAAGCCUCAAUGACAUGAGCUUUGCCACUCUUUGGCGCCACCAACGGUCAGAAUCGCUGGGCGAUUUGUCGCGUUCAACUUCGUUGGAUUCUUCGCCAUCCAACUCGCCACCCGGUGACAGUUAUCGCGCCCCGUCCUUCUUCCACCGCCUCAAGGCACGCCAUGUCGAGCGUCGCUCCAGUCGGUUGAACGAUCGCGAAAUUCUGGCGGCCUCGGACAUGCCCAAGGCGUGGAAGGCCUAAACAACGCACACGCGAGCGAACGAAAACAGAACAACAAACAUUUUGGUUUGGUCUCAACGCGCUGGCCGCCUUGUCGCUGAUCCCAUCACUUUUGCACAUUGUACUCCUUUCCACUUCACUUGCGCCAUGUUGGUGGUGUUCAUAUGUCAAAUAAAGCCCUGUAUUAUAUUGAGGA